GUCAUUCACUAUUCAAUAGAUAUGUCAAGGACGUGCCUGUCCGGAGUCACUCAUUCAUAAUAAAACGUAAGGGAUGGGGAGUCAGUCAUUCGUAGUAUAACAGAUAGGUCAAGGACUUGUUUGUGGACCUUUGUGGCCGAAUGGUUACGGUAGUUGACUUCAAACCACUUGCCCUUCACCGUUGUGUGUUGGAAACUCUCAGGGACUUUGGAUUCUUUCAUGUGAGGAAGCUGUCCAGCUAGGUUGUUCUACUCAGGUGCCUGUUCGUGCCUGAAAUAAUACACGGAAAGACAUCUGAGGUUUUCCUCCACCAGCAAAGCUGAAAAGUUGCAAUAUGACCUAUACUGUGUUGUUUUGACGUAAAAACCUUACCAAAAACAAACAAAACCGGGGUCGGACAAUCAAGGAUAGUCCUAUGACUUGUGUAUGUCUGAGGACAUCACUCAUAUAAACGAAAUAGUUGUAGGACUGAAGUUUCAGGAGUCAGUCAUUAAUUAUCAACUUAAAAGAUCUAGGACAGUUGACUUGAAAUUAUAUUUAACGUUCCAAAUGUUUUUUUCUUAUAUUCGUUUGUUUAUAUGAGACAGUGACUGAGGAUGAAAGAAACGCCGACUUUGUUAAUGCAAUGACACGUGCACUUCAUAGGACCUAUUCAGAAGAAUCUAAUAGAGCAAUGGAGAGUCAAACAAGUCCAGAAACUGAAUCUAUAGACGGACCGACAACUACUCCCGAAAGUGAAUCAUCAAAUGAAGGUGAUGGUCAAACUACAACACCAGAAGCAAUUUCUACAAACACGCUGACGACAACUGACGCACCAACAACAACAGACGGUGAUAUCCAAACAGAGAGAAGAAUCAAAGACAAUGAUCGAAAACUCGAGGAACUGUUGAUACAAGAGAUUUUGAAGAAAAGGAUUGGAAACAAUUUAUAGAAUCGUGCCCUACCAUGUACACGUUAGAGUACAAUCACUCAAGAGACCAGGACAUUGACAAAGGGAGGGAGGGAAUUAAUGAGAGAAUUAAUGAACGAGUGAUUGAUUGAUUGAUUGAUUGAUUGAUUGAGUGAGUGAGUGAGUGAGUGAGUGAGUGAGUGAGUGAGUGAGUGAGUGAGUGAGUGAGUGAGUGAGUGAGUGAGUGAGUGAGUGAGUGAGUGAGUGAGUGAGUGAGUGAGUGAGUGAGUGAGUGAGAACAUGUACAUUGAACAUGUAUUAUGAUUAAAGUGAUUUAACGGAUUAGUUUUAUUUUCAAUAACCAAACAGAAAGAAAGAAAGAAAGAAAGAAAGAAAGAAAGAGAGAAAGAAAGAAAGAA